AUAUAUAUAUAUAUAUAUAUAUACUAUACAUAUAUAUAUAUAUAUAUUCAUUCAUUCAAUGUCUUUCUUUUUAGUGAAGAUUACGAUCGACUCAGGCCGUUGAGCUAUCCGCAAACAGAUGUUUUCGUGCUUUGCUUCAGCCUUGUUUCGCCAGUUUCGUUUGACAACGUGACCACAAAGUGGAUACCAGAGAUACGCCAGCACUGUCCCGAUGCUCCGAUUCUUCUUGUGGGAACGAAGCUUGAUUUGCGAGAUGAAGUUAACAUUCGCGCAGGUGCAACCGAGGACAGACCGCCCAUAACGAAAAGCCAAGGGCAGAAGUGUGCACAAAAGAUAAAAGCGGUCAAAUACCUCGAAUGUUCAGCACUGACGCAACAGGGAUUGAAGCAGGUUUUCGAGGACGCCGUCCGCGCUGUUAUAAAUCCUAAACCGCUAAAGCAGAAGAAGUCGUGUACGAUUCUUUGA